GUCAGAUCGAACGGUUGUGCCCCUGCUGGAUGCGAUAACUAUAAAAAGAAGAUUAUCUGUUGAAUAGUAAACAUUUAGCUGUGAGCUGUGAAUUGCGAAAAUGAAUAUAAAAUCGAUGUUUUGUUUAGCCGGCAUUUCGGUGUUACUUGUCGCUGCAGUGAAUGCAGAUGUAUCGCACAUCGUUGAGGAGAAUCCGGUGACUGAAGUGUGCCUGAGGUGCAUUUGCGAGGCAUCCAGCGAUUGUGACCCGUCAGUUCGCUGCACCGGAGACGCUUGUGGAAUGUUUCGGAUCACCUGGGCUUACUGGGCCGAUGCUGGUAAACCGGUUCUACAGGGCGAUAUUCCUGAUUCACAAGGAGCUUACGCGAAUUGCGCCAAUGAUGCUCGGUGUGCCGCUCGGACUGUACAAGGUUACAUGAGGAAGUUUGGACAGGAUUGCAACGGAGAUGGAAUCAUCGAUUGUCUGGAUCAUGCCGCUAUCCACAAGCUGGGAGGUUACGGCUGCAAAAGUUCCGUUCCAGUGAACUAUCAGAACAAGAUUGAUCAGUGCAUUCACCAUGCGGCGAGUACACAGCUCUAGACACCUUUCGACCGAUGACCGGUUGCUUGGAUUCAACGUGUUACAUCAUCAACCGUACGGUGAAUGGCAGAGACUAGAAGGCGACAGAAUGCAACUUUCAAUUAAGUUCUUAUCUCGAAUCUCGUCCAUACAGUGAACGCGUCAUUUAUUUAUUCUUUUACAGUUAAUAAAGCAGACGAUAAUCAUUA